UCGCUCACUUUCAAUCCAACAAAUUAGACCUGGCGCGGAGUAAGAGUGACAUCUUGUGGAGAAUUAUUUGCGGCAAAGAAAAAUAGAAUGAAGUCCUCUUUUCAGCACCACUUCGGCCAUUUGGUUGGUUUUCGACAAGAACACUCAGCACCAUGACGUUGAAACGGCGAAAUAAUGGACGUAACAAAAAAGGCAGAGGGCAUGUAAAAUAUGUUAGAUGCGAAUCAUCAGGAGCCCGUGUUCCUAAAGACAAGGCAAUCAAGAAAUACAUCAUCAGAAACAUUGUUGAUGCCGCAGGAAUGAGAGAUUUGGCAGAUGCUAGUGUGUACGAGUCAUAUGCAUUGCCAAAAAUGUAUUAUAAGGUCUACUACAGUGUAUCAGCUGCUAUUCACUUGAGACUGGUAAAGAACAGAUCGAGACUUGCCCGCAAGGACCGUACUCCACCACCAAGAUUCCGGCCGGGUGCUAACCAACAAGCAAACAGACCUAGAGUUUCUUGAUUUGCUCAUAUUGCACAUAUUAUGUGAGUGCAAAUAAAAGCGAAAAACCAC